AUGACUGGAGAGUUCAAAAGACAAAGCCGGUUGCCAGCUUACAGGAUCAAUGUGUAUGCUAUUUCCCCCCGCCAUCCUCUAGGUGUCAAACCUUCCGGAAAUGUUUUAUUAGUUACUGAAAAUCUUGAAGAGACAAAAAAAAGAAGGGCAAUGCUGCUCGGGGACUUCGCAAAAUUUUCAGAAGAACUUUUGUUGGAGGUCUUGACCUAUUUGAAUGAUCAAGACUUGAAAAAUUUGUCCCAUUGUUCCAGGAUACUAUAUGCAUAUGCAUAUAGUGAAGAUUUGUGGAGAAAUAUGUACAUGAAGGAAUACUGUCGCUUGGGAAAAGCACAUUCCUGCGGAGAAAUAGUACCUUUUGCGAGUCAGAAAUGGAGAGGUUCGUGGAGAAAAUCUGUCUUAGGCAUAGCUCAUGAGGCAUUGCCGCAGUCAAAUGACCUUAUUUUCUCUGACAUUCUUUACAGACCAUACCAGUGCUCCAAGAUUAAUUACAGAAUGCUUUUUAAAGACAUUAUAGAACUUGAGGAAAAAUCUUACCACUGCUGCCAUUCUCUAAAUAAACAGUUUGGGAUAGAGAGAUUUCGUGAGGAAGACAUUUUGCAAGAAGGUUUCAAGACGAAAUAUGUCGAGAAGCCCUUCAUUUUACAAUCUGCCACUGUCAGAGAUAGAUGGCCGAAUUGGGAUCUUGAUCAUCUAUUGAAAAUGUUUCCUGAAAAGUGCUUCCGUCAAGAAGCAGUUCAGUGGAAGCUAUCCAAAUAUAUCGAUUACGCUAGAAACAACAUGGAUGAAUCACCACUCUAUCUUUUUGAUUGUAAUGGUAGUCCGAUAAAACAAAUUGCUGAGCAAUAUGUGUCACCGAGUUUAUUCAAGAGUGACUUUUUUAAGCUUUUCAAAAAAGAAGGAAUAAAGUGCAGACCUGAUCACAGGUGGCUGAUAGCAGGCCCAGAACGUAGCGGAUCUACUUUCCAUAAAGAUCCGAAUCAAACAUCCGCUUGGAAUACUGUUCUCAGCGGCAUGAAGCUGUGGAUUAUGUUACCACCUGAGGUCAAACCCCCUGGUGUAAGCACAGAUAAGGAUGAAGAUGAAGUAACGGCACCCGUUGGAAUAUCAGAGUGGAUACUUUCUGGUUUUUACAAUGAUUCAGUUCAAUUGGCAUUACAAGGACAAUGUCUCAUCGGUAUUACGUUUCCUGGUGAAUGUAUAUAUGUGCCUUCAGGAUGGUGGCACUCUGUCAUUAACUUAACAGACACUGUUGCUUUGACAGAGAACUUUGUUCCGGAGCCUGUUCUUGGCAAGGUUUUAUAUUUCCUCAAGAACAAAAAGUCUCAAAUUUCAGGAUUUCAUGCGAAGGACGUUGUUAGGUCCGUGAGAGCUUUCAUCAAUGAAAGCCGGGACAACGUUUCUACUGAUGAUGAGGACAAUUAUAUUCAGAUCUUGCAGGAUUUCCUCGAUAAUAGUGAAAAUUACGAACUCGAUAACGAAGAUUGUGGGGUCAAAUCAUAUUCUGAGUUAGAGCUUCCAAUCUUUGAAUUCUUCAUUGAAUUAAUAAAGAAAUCCCCUCAUAGAGAUGCGUUGCCGGCUGCAUUGAAAUGUCUGCAUGAGAUGGAAGGGAGAGUCAAUAACAUUGCAAAAAAAUCUGCUAUGUGGCAGAAGCUGAAAGGGAGUGACGAAAUGACUUUCUCAUUUGGUCUUUCAGUUGAGUAA